GGAAAGGCUUGACUGAGGAGGGGGCUACCCUACACUGCCAAAAGUGGUCAUGAGUUUAUUUAUAACUAGUAGGGGGGCUUAUUUAUUGUCUGUCUGGACAGUGCUCACAGAUCAGGUCUAAGAAGUUGCCUGACAGUAACAUCCCACGUACCAGCUGAACAAUGUCUCCCAAGAAAGCAAAGAAGAGGGCAGAAGGUGCCAACUCCAAUGUAUUCUCCAUGUUUGAGCAAACCCAGAUUCAGGAAUUUAAGGAGGCAUUUACCAUCAUGGACCAGAAUAGAGAUGGGUUCAUUGAUAAAGAAGAUCUCAGAGAUACCUUUGCAGCUUUAGGUCGUCUGAAUGUGAAAAAUGAAGAACUGGAAGAAAUGUUAAAAGAAGCUCCGGGACCAAUCAAUUUCACUGUGUUCUUAACAAUGUUCGGAGAAAAGUUGAAAGGGGCUGAUCCAGAGGAGACAAUUCUAAAUGCAUUCAAAGUGUUUGACCCUGAAGGCAGUGGCCUUCUCAAAUCAGAUUACAUAAGAGAAAUGCUUAUGACUCAGGCUGAGAGGUUCUCAAGUGAAGAGGUUGACCAGAUGUUCACAGCUUUCCCACCUGAUGUGACUGGAAACUUAAACUACAAAAACCUUGUGCAUAUCAUCACCCAUGGUGAAGAGAAAGAGGAAUAAACAUUGACUGUCACAUAACAUCCUGGUGAUCAUUUUAUCUUUUAUUACUGGUAUAAAUCCUUAUGGCACAGGAAAUCAUGAACAAUCCGCAGGAUUUUUAAUAACAUUGUAAGCUUAUAGGAUGUAGAGACAUCCUACCAUCCUGAGAAUACAUGCCUCAGAAACAUCAGUUAUAGAACAUCUUUUUAACAUAUGAUAAUAAACGUUAUUUGGAUAUCUAUACAUUAAAUAUAUUUCUAUGUAUGUAUGUAUCUCUUAUUCAUCUUUAUAGAACUUCUUCAUCUAAAAAACACAGAAUGUGGUAGCAUAAGAAAAUGUGGCCCCUCUAUCCACUGUACUUGAUAUAUAAUUUAUUAUCAGUGCUGUAGCUAUAAGGGUCACAGCAAUUGUCACUAGGUGCCAAAGUCGAGAGCCUUCUGCACUAAA